GCCUUUUCUGCUUCACUCACUUGCGAUCCUCGUCAGAGCUGUCCGCCUGUCGCUGCUGACACCCAGGGACGGCUGUUCUGUGCAAGCCGGCUUUUUGUGCGCUGGCUGGGAGGGAGCUGUUUAAUUCCGUACACAAGCCUUUCCCCACCUUCCGAACCUCCCCAGCGACUGAGGGCCUUCUAUGCUCCAGUUUGAGGCAAAGAUGGGCCAAGACCAAACCAAGCACCAAAUCGAGAAAGGGUUGCGUCUGUACCAGUCAAAUGAGACAGCGAAAGCCCUUGACAUCUGGAAGCGAGUGUUGGAGAAGAGUACCGACCUCCCCGGAAGGUUCCGGGUGUUGGGCUGCCUCAUCACGGCCCACUCUGAGAUGGGCAAGUACGCAGAGAUGAAGAAGUUCGCUGUCGCGCAGAUCGACGUGGCCCGUGAGAUCGCCGACUCUGACUACGUCACUGAGUCCUACCUCAACCUGGCCCGCAGCAACGAGAAGCUGUGCGACUUCGCCAAGACUGUCACCUACUGCAAGACCUGUUUGAGCAUGCAGGGGACCACCGUGGGUUUGCAGCUCAAUGGCCAGGUCUGCCUCAGCAUGGGCAAUGCCUACCUGGCCCCGAGCUGCUCAUAUUACUUCAGCAGAAUCUCCUUCCUCUUUCUACCUAUGUCAUUGGUACCUGGUGGACCACAGCAACUGGAUCUUUUCCCUCCUAUUUCCAGUUCCUCUAUAGUACCGGCUGGUUCCUUUGAUCCCUCCUCCUGGUUUAGUCACAAAAGUCCAGACAAUAAAGCUCUACCUCGCUAUGAUUCCUCGCUGAAUAUCAUGGCCGAAAUUGGCAACCGCCUGGGGCAGGCCCAAGUUCUUUUGGGAAUUGCCAAGUGCUGGUUCAUCCAAAAGGAGCAGGACAAGGCUCUCGAGGUGGUGGAGAAAGCUGGAGAACUGGCUGAAGCUGUGGGCAACAAGCUAUACAUGCUAAAGGCACACUGUUUAAGUGAGACAAUCUAUCGAGUGAAGGGUUCCCAGCGGCUUCUGCGAGAACAUGUUGUUAAAUUCCAUGAGUGCAUGGAAGACAUGGAGUUGUACUGCGGGAUGUGUGGAGAUUCCAUUGGAGAUAAGAACUCACAGCUCCAGGCGCUGCCAUGCUCCCAUCUUUUCCAUCUGAAAUGCUUACAAAACAGUGAGAUGCGAGGCUGUCCAAAUUGCAGGCGGUCUGCCAUGAAGCCUGGCUACGUGUGACUGGGACAACACCGGGAAUUCUUUCCCAAUCCAAACAUUAACAAACAGCCAUGGAUUCUGAAAGAAUCACAAACUCAGAAAACAACUCUUUAAGGAGCCACUUUUGACCGACUUGACCACGUUAAGGGCCAGUUGUUCGAGCUAUGGAGAGUGAUCAGAUGGGGGUCAAGAUGACAGAACCACUUGGACUUCGAGACCCUACAAUAUUUCCUGAGUACACGCGUGUGGCUGAUAUCUGGUUAUAAUGUAUUGGGAUCAUGAUCUGAAUAUCGAUUGAUUAAUAUGUUCUUUGUAGCAUCUGUUGUGUUAAACUGAAUGUUCAAAUGAGAUUCUUUGAUGAACAAGAUUAUCUGUUUGAACUGAAAACAAAUGCUGUGGAUCACAGUGAGUCAGACUGCAUCCAUGGAGAGAGAGUAAGCUAACAUUUUGAGUCUAGGCUUGACUAGACUAGUUACCAUGCUCUUUCUCCAUGGAUGAGCUGAAAAAUGUGUUGCUGGAAAAGCGCAGCAGG